AUGAGUACUCGGACUCUGGGAAAUUAUGAUGGUCAACGAACUAGUUAUUCGGCGGAAACUCUACAGAAUUAUAACAUAACUCCCGGUAGCUAUUUUAUUCACAGUGGGUUUCAGUUCACUUGGCCCAACGUCCCCGCUGGACAGCCAAAUAACGUUGAAACAAUGGGUCAAUCAAUUGCGUGCAAUGGCAUAAGUGCUUCGGCCUUGGGUAUUAUUGGAAGCGCUGAACAAGGAGCAUCAUUUGGUCCACUCGUCAUCCAAUACACUGAUGGUACCAAUCAAUCAAAUAAUCUGUCAUUUACGGAUUGGACAAACUCGAAUCCGCCAGCAGGUACACAAGAUAUAGUCUCGUCAGGAGUGCGCUAUGAGUGCCCGGGUGGCACGUGCACGAAUUCAACCGUCGUUGUUUGCCUAUUUCUGGUAACAUUCACAUUGGAUUCAUCACGAUCACUUCAGGCAAUAACACUACCGAAUAAUACUCAUUUGCACAUAUUUGCAUUGGGAACACCUUGUAAUACGUUAUCAACAACACCAACACCCACUACCACCGCAACAACAACACCUACAUGUUUAACAAUGGUUUCUUAUCCACCUCCAGUAGCUGAUGCCGUUGCGGCAGCAGGAACGUAUGGAACAAACGUGGUGAUAAACGGUGAUGCUGAAACAGGUCCCUGUGCUUCAGCUUAUGGUGCUAGUUCAACUCCCACAAGUUGGACACCCGCGGGAACAAUAACACAAGCCGCAUAUACAAAUUCGACUGCAAAUUCUGAUCAAACCUUCACAACGCCUGGUCCGAGCUCAGCAAUCGAUAAUAAUAUGGUGACAUAUAAUUUAUCAGCUUGGUUAGGUGGCAUUCUUGCACAAGAUGAUUCUGCAGCUGUCUCAUUUACAUUUCUUGAUAAGUGCUAUGGUCUUCUGGGAACAAGUGGAACAAUCGGUCCCGUAAAAGCUGUUGAUCGUUCGAGUCUAACAGAAUUGCUGUAUCGUUCAACAAGUGGUUCAGUAUUACCCAAUACCCGUUAUGUCAAUAUUCAAGUAGUAAUAACAAGAUUUUCAGGAAGUACCUCCAAUGGAGACGUUGAUGAUAUUUCGCUGGUAUUUUUUAGUUGA